CAGUAUUUUAUCGUAGCAUGACUUUAUUCGAUCUUGCUGCGUUCAUGACCGUUUCCAGUUGUUGUCUUGUGUUCUCGACGUUGUUGUCCGAUAUCGUUGUCGUAGAAUUGUAAUCGUAAUUCCUAAUAUGGCCAGCGAAAAAAAAUCGGCGAAAGGGUCGUCGAAAAAAGAGAAAUCCGCCGAGGAGAUACUGACAGAGUUUCAAGUACUCCGAAAUGAGCAAAGAAUGUUGGCGAAUAAACUGUCCGAGAUGGAAAUGGAAUUGAACGAGCACAAAAUUGUUAUUGAUACAUUAAAGAAUGUAGAUCCCAAAAGGAAAUGCUAUAGGAUGAUUGGUGGAGUUUUGUGCGAACGUACAGUGGAAGAUGUCAUGCCUGCUCUGGUGACAAAUAAAGAACAGCUGUUGAAAGUGAUAGAUGCUUUAAAUGAUCAAGUAACAAAAAAAGGAAUUGAGAUAAAUGAGUAUAAGGAAAAACACAAUAUUAGAAUCAGAGGGCAAGAUGAUUUGCAGCAACAAGAAGAAGAUAACAACAACAAGGAAACCAAAAGAAAGGCGAUUGUUGUGAAUCCGAUUGAGGUUUAAAUGUAAUAAAUAAUUAUUUUCAGAUAUUUACAUAUUAAGACAUUUCAUAUAUGAAAAUUCAAAGUCAAUGACUCAUAUCUUUUUCUCUCAGUGUUGUACACAUUUUUAAAUUACCUUGUGUGCUUAUUUAUUAUAUCAUUUUGAUAAAGCUUUAUGAUGUCUUAUCAGUUCUGUUAGAUACCUGUUCCAUAAAUGAGUUUGUAAAGCAAAUUGCAAUAUUGUGACAUCUUGCAAAUAUAUAAAUUAGAUAUGUACAGUUCCAUGUUG